GUGCAUUUUGUGCGCGUCCUCGCGGCUAUCAGCAUCGAGCUCACGGCCCUUUCCCAGCCUUCUAGCCUCGCCCCCCCGCAGCGAUAUCGCCGGCCUGGUCAUCCAGGGAGGAAGCAGCGCCGAUCCAGAUCUCCUCAAAACACGACGACAGAUAACCGUGAUAUGGCACAGCCUUAAACUCCCGAAUUUUAAGUGACAAAGAAGAAGUCGUCAGGUUAUCCUGGACACCAAAAUAUACAAACAUGAGUAACACAGCAGUCCCGAAUAACAAGGCGUCCAGGAAGGUGACGAACUGCGGCUCUUUGCUGCUUACCCAACAGGAAAAUGAUACUCUGUAUGGUUACCUGGGCAAGAAGUGCGUGACUGUUAAUUCUGCUGUUGUUCAGCUGUUCGUUUCUGAUCGCAACUCCUCAUGGACAAAAAAAUGCUGUGGGGUAGUAUGCCUUGUAAAGGACAAUCCUCAGCGGUCCUAUUUUAUCAGAGUAUACGAUAUAAAGGAUGGCAGACAACUCUAUGAACAGGAGCUGUACUAUAACUUUAUGUACUAUAGUCCAAGAGUGUAUUUUCAUACAUUUACUGGAGAUGCUUGUCAGGUUGGUUUGAAUUUUGCUAAUGAAGAAGAGGCAAAAAGAUUCAGAAAAACAAUGAGUGAUUUACUCUCAAGGAGGCCAAAGAAGCCUGAUAAAAAGCGAGAUCCUCCAAAUGGGCCUAGUUUGCCAAUGGCAACUGUCGAUAUUAAAAAUCCAGAGAUAAACAGAUAUAAUGCGCACUUAAGCAACAUUCCAAAUAACAAAGAGAAGAAAAAAGGAAAGAAUAAGAAGAAAAGAAUUACUAAAGCAGAUAUAGGAACACCAAGCAAUUUCCAACAUAUUGGACAUGUAGGAUGGGAUCCAAACACAGGUUUUGAUGUUAAUAAUUUGGAUCCAGAGCUGAAAAAACUAUUUGACUUAUGUGGCAUCUCGGAGGCACAGCUUAAAGAUAAAGAGACAUCAAAGGUCAUUUAUGACUUCAUUGAGAAAACAGGAGGCGUUGAAGCAGUAAAAAAUGAAUUGCGCAGGCAGGCCCCACCACCACCACCACCUCCGCCUUCUAGAGGAGGUCCACCAGUGCCACCACCUUACACUUCAGGACCACCACCACCUCCUCCACCUGCAAGGGGCAGAGGUGCACCUCCUCUACCUCCAUCAAGAGCCCCCCUCGCUGCACCUCCACCCCCACCACCUACUAGGCCAGGAGCCCAUGUACCACCACCUCCCCCUUAUCGAAUGUUUCCACCGCCACAAACGCAUUCUUCACCUGCACCUGCAAGUCCCCCACCACCACCACCACCCCCACCUCCUGUUCCUGGUUCAACUCCACCACCUCCACCACCACCUCCACCUCCUCCAGGCCCACCACCUCUUCCUAGCUUUACAUCAGAUAACGACCAACCAUCUUCAGUUCCCGUUGGAAGUAAGGCAGCUCUUCUUGAUGAAAUUAGAGGAGGAGCACAGCUAAAAAAAGUAGAUAAUAACAGAGAAAACAGACCUGUGUCCGGUACUGGACGAGAUGCACUCUUAGACCAAAUACGACAGGGCAUACAGCUUAAAACCGUAACUGACGAGGCAGACAGUUUGUCAUCUACACCUGCCACAGGAAUAGUUGGUGCACUAAUGGAAGUAAUGCAGAAAAGAUGUAAAGCCAUUCAUUCUUCAGAUACAGAUGAAGAUGAGGAUGAGGAAGAAGACUUUGAGGAUGAGGAAGAAUGGGAUGAUUGAUCAAAAUAUACUUAUAUAUAUAAUAUAUAUUUUUUUUAAGGUGAACGGAUACUAAAAACUCUGAAUUCUGUAAAAUUAUCAUGUAAAUGGUCUACCAAUUUGCUGUAUAUUUUUGUUGCCUUUUUGCUUUUUUAUUAAUCUGUGCAAUACCUCAUGCAAAAUGUAAAGGUUUCGUUGCUCCACAAGGCUUAAACCCUCUGUGCACAAAUCCCCAUCAAUCUGCUGAUUGUUUUGGUGAGUAAAGGAAAUACAAUUAAAAAAACAAAGGGAGCUUAUGUGGGACAAUGACACAAGAAACCUUUAAUGUAAUUGUUAUAAAGAAAAAAGAACACUAUUUUCUUACAUUAAUUUUUUCUGUAUCUAAAUUUCUUAUUAAAACUAGCACUACAUUCUUUAGGUGACACAAACCUUUGUUAAUUAAGGCCCUUUACUCUGAAUGCAAAGCUAAACGUGAAUGUUAAUUAUGUAUGUACUGUUGGUUCUGAACACUACAGGAAAUCUUUAAAUGGCAUUUUAAAUCUUAUGACGAAGCAAUAGUAUCUGCUGUUGCACAGCAGUGUUACUUGACUGUUUAAAUGCAACACUAAAUGUUUAUUUUUAUUUACAAAGACGAGAUCAGGAUCUUAACGGGACUUUGUGGUAAUGUAUUAAAGGGACAGGAAACUCAAAAUUUUGCUUUCACAAUUCAGAUAGAACAUGUCAUUUUAAACGACUUUUUAAUUUCCUUUUUUUAUAAAAUUUGCUUUAUUCCUUUGGUGUCUUUUGUUGCAGGAACAGCAAUGCACUACUGAGAGCUAGCUGAGCACAUCUGGUGAACCAGUGACGAGGCAUUUAUAUAUGCAGUCACCAAUCAGCACAUAGCCAGUAGUGCAUUGCUGCCAAUGAGCCUACCUAGAUAUGAUUUUCAUCUAAAAAUACCAUAAUAAAGCAAAAUAGAUAAUAGAUGUGACUUGUAAAGCUGUUCAAAAUCACAUGCUCUAUCUGAGUAGUGAACAUUUAAUUUAGACUUUACUGCCCCUUUUCAGAUUAAUAUAUCGCUUCCAGUUCCAAUGAGGAUCACAUUACACUGAGCCAUUUACAAUAUGCAUAUAGUAAAUUAAAUGUACCAUAUUCCUAAAGCCUUCCCCCCCUUUUGUUUGACAUGCAUUUUUAUUUAAGCUGUUUGCAAUACAGCCAAUCACAGACCAGGAUGUCAGUGACAGUGUCGUGAGUGGGGGUUAGUUACAGGCUGAAUUUAAAUAAACAUUUAUAUUUUAAAUGACUUCAUGUAAUGUAGUCCUGAAAGAGUUGAAAGCAAUGCAUUAAAUUAAUGCAUCACACCAUUGUCUGUUUAAUAUAAAUAGCACUAGUGCACAACCAGUUAUCCUUAUACUGAAUAAUUAUAGUGCUAUGUAGAUGAUCCAUGCCAUCUUCAUUGACCACUAAAAGGCAAGAGUUUAAACGGGUAUCUGAGACAGUGAUUGUCUCCUGUGCUGCAUCUCACAUACCUGCAAAUCUAGCCUUCCUGUGGUCCCUGAGGGCAAGAAAUGGGAGACUUUCAUGAACACUACAUUUUUAUUCCUUACAAAUAUCUCCUUAGUCUGAAAAUCUCCAUUCUGUGCAUUGGAUAUGGAAGGUCAUGGUUUUGAUCAGUGAUUUUUACCUGUUGAACCUUUUCAUUAUAAGCGACAGAACCUUGUAAGGCUUCUCUAUUGCUGAAAAAGUUAAUGUAAAAUUGUUUGCACCUCUUUGUGUAUUUGUACAGGAGGACCUGCUUGGUGCUUGCUUUCAUAAUGUCAGGUUUAAUACUUGCAGUAAACAUUUAUAGAAUGUCAAUGAACAAUCAUCAUUCAGUGACAUUAAUUUGUGCUGCUAAUCUGCAGUCUUUGUAUCAAAUAUCUAACGCUAAAAAUACCACCGACCGUACCAGAAUCUAUUUGGAAUGGCAUAUUAAUAUUAGUAUAUAAGGUCAAAUAAACACUGAUAUGUACUGAACCUGGUGAUUUUCAAUGUUCUGUUGUCAGUUAAAAAGUCACACAAACAGGGAUUAUUCUUCAUUGUUUGUACUUUCAAGGUUCAACUCAUUUGCAAACAAUACUAUUCAAAACAAUAUAUGUAUGAACAACUGGCUGUCUUCUAUACAAUAUAUGUACAAACAACUGGAUGUCUUCUAUACAAUAUAUGUACAAACAACUGGCAAGAGUGCAUUUGAGUUGAUAAAUACUGUAUUUCUGCUCUUCAUAAACUUUAAAACUUUAUUUCUUUUGUUUUACUUGCUAGCUCAGCUUUUAUUGUUAAUAUCAGUAGUAACCGGCUACCCAUAAUGAAUAUAAACUUAUACCUAACAGGCUGGCCCUGUGUAAUUUUAUAUUAUUAAAAUCUUACUAAAUCUUGGAUCAGCAAAUAAUCACGCAAUUAAACUGAUCAUAUAAACUUUUUAGAGCACUCUAUGCACAUUGAGCACUGUGUUUUGUUUUUUUUCAUCGUUAAGUUCUCUUAAAUUUCCAUUCUACAUUUACGAUAAAAUAAAGUUAUGUGCAUUUUACUUUUUCCUGAAUGGCAUGGGAGAGUUUUUAUGAGCUGGUAGAUCUUACAUAUGCUGCUUCACACAGGACAUUUUGCAUUUAAAACACUUUUUUAUUUAGAAAUUUAACUUUUUUGUUUGUAGCCUACAUAGCUAUAAGAUUAUUUUUGCCAUUCUGUCUUCUUUAUAUAAAUGUUUAGGGUCAUAAUUCUUUUGUUUUAUAGUUUUUGGGGUCAGAUCCAAUGGUGGGUUGUAGACCUUUUUUGGCACACUCUACUUUCAAUAAAGUAUUACAAUUACAUUUUUACCCUGCAUCAACAAGUACCUAAGGCAUUGGUUGACAAAAAAAAAUAAAAUCUAUGUGGCAGCCCAAAAA